AUGGCACCAGAGGUGACGGAUGAUCAAUCAACCCAGAACCAGAACUCGGAUAAAGAUCAGAUUGAAUCUGGAAACAUCUCCACAAAGAGGCACCCAGAAGGCAUCCUAUCAGAUACCAGAACCAGAUCAGGUGACCUCUUUCAGUGUAAAGAAGUCCAAUCCCAGACAUCGUUUAAAGGAAGCUCGUUUCUCUCCACGAUCUCAUUUUCCGUAUCGCCAACCAGAGCGUACGACCGUAGGUGACGGCUAGGAUGAGGAUAAAUCGUGGUUUGUAUUCUGGGUCAGCUCUUUCUUCACCACAUUAGUUUUGGCGCCGCCCCAAUCUGAACAAGACUCCUUCACUUGGGGUCCCUCCAGAAACUGCCACCAUAAAGUGGUGAAGGUGAACCAGGGAAGUAUGAUGGCCUUUAGGGGCGGAUUGGUCCAGAUCUCCAAAUGAAGCAGACUCUAAGACCUGUCAUCGUUCUGCAUGUUGAUCAACAUCUCAGGUAUCACCGCCGUUCUCCAGCCUCCUCCAGGGGUCAAAGGUUCACCUACCAACAUCUCCCCUCUAUUGUAAUGAAAUCCAGGGACAUCCGGAAACAUCCAGGGGGUGCACCUGGUUGCGUGAUCACAGACGACAACUUGGUACUACUUAGUAGCAGCGCACGCCCCCCGUUUUAACGCCCCAGGACUGCGCGCAACGUGUUUACUCCUGCUUCCAACCUACUCAGCUACCGUAGUAACCGUUGUUCCUGCUACACGCAACAUUUCUGUUCUCAUUCAUAAAACGCUUAAAUCAGGGACAUUUCCGGGGACAGCUUCAGCCGGGGACAGGUCAUCAAAUACGGGGACUGUCCCCGGAAAAUCAGGGACACCUGGUCAUCUUACUCCAUUGGCUUAAGAACCAACAGCAUAGAUCUAACGCAGAAGCAUAAACUAGGCUUAAGAGUGUUUAAGAGCUCAGAGGUCAAAGACUCACUUCACCUGGAAGGAGGAGACCGGCGUGAACCCCUGUGUUGGUGUCCAUGUCUUUAAGAGUCACAUACAGUCUUAUGUUUGGACUUGUCAGUAUGUUGGUUCUGUGCUCGAGUUAAAACGCCACAAGGUUAAAAACAGACUGAGAGAACGUGGAAAAGUUCACAGUCAGAAUGAUUUCAGAUUUUUCACAUUUCCAGCACUUUCCCGUCAGAGGUAGCUCUCUCUCUCUCUCUCUUCACGCUGCGCGCCCACACUUCACCGCAGGUGCACAGCGGUUUGCUAACAUGUUAUUAGCUACCCGGGGUGCUCCUGCCACCUCCGGAUCUGCAGGUGAACUAACAAGUUUUUCUGCAUCUUCAGCUGAAUGGAGUGAACUGGAAAUGACCUGCAGCCUCUGUGUGACGCAGAGGAGCUGGUAAUGAUGAAGGGCAGAGCCAAGGAGAUAACCACACUUCUAAUUAAGGACAAUGGCCCUCUGGAGAUGGGCGCUGAUAUCUCACACUGUACUUUGUUCUGAAGCAUGUACUGCAUCAGGGACAGAAAUUAACAGGGUCUCCGGGCAAAAAUCUCCUUGAAAGUUCAGAGAUGUCUGUGAAAUUAAAGCUGAGGGGGAACAGUUCAUUAUGUUCGUCUUCUCUGAGGUUUCUUCCAUUUCUAGCAGUGGGAAAGAGUCUUUUCUUGAGUCGACGCAAGGAUCUGUGUUACCCUCUUUAUCGCCUCUUUUAUCCUGAAUUUUUUGGGGGCGCUGCGGUUUAAGCUCAUCCUUUCUUCAGAGGUGAUAGUCUUUAUUAUUGCACCUCCAUCAGUGAGUCCAUCCCCACCUCCUCCAUCACAGCCUGGGACGCUGCAGAUGCUGCUGAGGUCAAGAGCGGGCUGCAGCGUAUCAUCAGCUCUGCAGAGAGGGUGACCGGCUGUGACCUGCCAUAUCUGCGGGUCCUGAUGCCUCCAGGACCCCGAGGCGUGCAGAUAAGACUCCUCUCGCCGCUCUCAUCUCAGGCGCACUCUCUGAGACCCUCGCCUCAGGCAAAGGGGAGGUUCAUCAAGACCAGAACCUCUCGCCAUGAGAGCAGCUGCUCCUCCUUUGUUACAAACCUUAUUACUUUAUAUCGCUGUAUUAUUUAG